CCUGUGAGAAGAGCCCAGAGCAGCAGUGCCAGAGCUGUAGGAGAAGGGCCAUGGAGCAGUACUUCUCAGCCACACAGAAGAUGGAGCAGGAGGUGAUGUUCCCCAGCCUGCUGCGAGGGGUCUUCCCGCAGGAGGAGGGAGCAGCCCCGGCUGCCGAGAGCCGCACGGACCUCUACGAGCGCUACCAGCUCCUCAAGGCCAUCAAGCCCAUGGUGGAGAAAGGCCUGGCCUCUGGGGGUGACCAGAGCCCCAGCAGUGCUGACACCGACACAGACCCAGCCUUAAAUGAGGGUGCAGACAGCAAUCUGGAAGAACGCCUGUCCCAUCAUGUCAAUGGCUUGCAGCAAGUUCUGACAGACCUCACCAAAAACACCAAGGCCCUGACCCGGAGGUACAGCCAGAUCCUGGAGCAGAUCAACCUUAGUGAAGAUCAGUCCAGCUCUUGAGCCUGCACUUCCCGUCUCUGAGGGUCUGUUCUCCAAGUCCAGUGGCACUUCUUCUCGUGAGUCAAGUGCCACUGAGGAGCAUCCUUUGUGGGCAGCACAGAGCUUGGCUGUCUGCCUGCUGGGUGCUGUCUGUACCAUCUGACUUGUCCCGUGGCCGAUCCUGCCGGCAAGCUUCCUGCUUCGUUUCACUCCUGUCCUAGGGGGAUUUCUGCGGGGCAGAAAUGAGUGGUUUGUGUUGCUGCUUUGUAGAAGGCAUCUGUAACUUUGAAGGGAUGCUUUUUUCUGUGUGUGCCUAAACCCCUCCAAAUCAUUCUCUUUGGAAAUGUAAAUAAAAUGCAAAGCCUUGUGC